CACUCACGGAUUCAUGAGAGAGAGAGGGGACGGGAAGCGGGGAGCGCGCGCAAGGACCGACAGGGGGAAAAAAAGCUCGGGAGCACCGUUAUGUAUUUGGGGUGCCCGUGAGACCGAAACGUCUGCAUUGGGGAAGAAAAGGCAUUCCUGUUCGAGAGCACACGCAAAUAUCGCGGUACCGCGAGGUCGAAGCGAGGAGAUUAUCCCAGAAGAGAGCGCACGAGCCGCGGCGGGGUGGAAACGGAGCACGGAUCCCGGAUGGCUAGGCGCGGCUGCUCGCGCUCUCUCCCACCCUGACCCGGGAGAGACGAGACGGGGGGAAUCUCCGGUGGUUCAGAUGGUCCCAGCCGGAGCCCGUUAACCCGUAUUCAGUCUCACUGCACAUCCCGGCCUCGCUCUUUCCGCCGAGACGGGAAUCUUGUCUGGCGCACGGGACCGACCGUAAACAAACAAGGGAGCGCGAGAGGGUUCAGCAACCGACCUCUCGAGGGUGUGUGUUCGCGUUAUUGCUGCGUUUUCCACUCCACCGGGAGCCCAACAGCUGUCCCGUGAGUGUGUGUGUGUCUCCCUGUGUGUGUGUGUGUGUUUGUGCUAUGUAUGUGUGUGUGCGUGUGUGUGAGUGUGUGUGCAUUACACAGUGUUCUGAUAUGGCUGUAUUAGACUGAGAGUCCAAGGAGCCAGUGGCAUUAUGGGAUGUAGCAGGACUGUGCAGCAGUGACUCCACUCACUGGAAGGAAACACGCCGUUUACAGGAGCAGGAACAGGCGGACUAGCCUAAACACACACACACACACACACACACACACACACACACGCACACAGACAUCCUUGUAUACACACUCUGAGCCCAGCAGCCCGGGGCCAUGCCUGUGUUCAGCGGUCUGUUGAAGGUGCGAGUGUGUGAGGCGGUGGACCUGAAGCCGACCCCCUGGGCCCUGCGUCACGCCGUGGGGAAGAGUGGCUCCUUCCUGCUGGACCCUUACCUGGCCCUAAACCUGGACCAGAUGCGGCUGGGCCAGACCGCCACCAGGACCAAGACCAACAGCCCCGCCUGGCACCAGGAGUUCUGCACUGAGGUGCGCGAGGGGCGGAGCCUGGAGCUGUCAGUCUUCCACGACGCGCCCAUCGGAUACGACGACUUCGUGGCCAACUGCACCAUCCAGCUGGAGGACCUGCUGCAGAACGGGACCAGGCACUAUGAAGACUGGAUUGACUUGGAGCCGGAGGGGAAGGUGUACGUGGUCAUCGAUCUGUCCGGAUCGUCCACUGAGGCUUCAGGGACCAAUGAGAAUGAGGAGCGAGUGUUUCGCGAGCGGAUUGGUCCUCGCCGGCGCCAGGGGGCCGUCCGGAGACGCGUCCAUCAAGUCAACGGACACAAGUUCAUGGCCACCUACUUGAGGCAGCCCACGUAUUGCUCGCAUUGCAGAGAUUUUAUCUGGGGGGUGCUGGGGAAGCAGGGAUACCAGUGUCAGGUGUGUACGUGUGUGGUUCACAAGCGCUGCCAUGAGCUCAUCAUCACCAAGUGUGCCGGGAUGAAGAAGCAGGAGGACACACCGGAGGAGGUGGGCUCCCAGCGGUUCAGUGUUAACAUACCCCAUAAGUUCAGCAUCCACAACUACAAGGUCCCCACCUUCUGUGACCACUGUGGCUCCCUGCUGUGGGGCCUCAUGAGGCAGGGCCUGCAGUGCAAAGUGUGUAAGAUGAACGUGCACAGGCGGUGCGAGACCAACGUAGCCCCCAACUGUGGCGUGGACGCCAGGGGAAUCGCCAAGGUCCUGUCCGACCUGGGAGUCACGCCCGACAAGAUCUCCAACACCGCACAGCGCAGGAGGAAGUUGACUCCAGGGCAGGACCCUCCUCAGUCUCCUCCUGAGCUCUCCCAGACUGAGGACAGCUACAGCCAGCCAGCUGUCCCCACCUCCCCUUCACAGCAGGACUUGGCAGAGUUAGAGCGGCUGCAGGAGGUGCUGUCGCUGGAGCAGCAGGGACCCGAGCACUCCUGCUCCUCCACCUCCUCUUCCUCCUCCUCCUCCUCAUCCUCCACGGUAGGCCGGGAGAACGGGCAGGGCCAGAGGAGGACUCUCAAGGACUUCAGCUUCAUCAAAGUCCUUGGCAAGGGCAGCUUUGGCAAGGUGAUGCUCGCGGAGCUGAAGGGGACGGAGGAAGUUUACGCCGUCAAGGUGCUGAAGAAGGACGUGAUCCUGCAGGACGAUGACGUGGACUGCACCCUGACCGAGAAGCGCAUCCUGGCCCUGGCCCGUCGACACCCCUACCUCACCCAGCUCUACUGCUGCUUCCAGACACGGGUAGGACCACACACACACACACGCACGCGCGUACACGCAUACACUCCCUCUUCCAUCUGUCUCUCUCUGUCUAUUUCACGCAUCCCGCUCUCUCUCCAGGACCGUUUGUUCUUUGUAAUGGAGUAUGUGAACGGAGGAGACCUGAUGUUCCAGAUUCAGCGCUCCAGGAAGUUCGAUGAGCCUCGAUCUCGCUUCUACGCCGCCGAGGUCACCUCAGCCCUCAUGUUCCUCCACCGCAACGGGGUCAUUUACAGGGAUCUGAAGCUAGAUAACAUCCUGUUGGAUGCGGAGGGCCACUGUAAGCUGGCAGACUUUGGCAUGUGCAAGGAGGGCAUCAUGAACGGAGUGACCACCACCACCUUCUGCGGCACGCCCGACUACAUCGCCCCCGAGAUCCUGCAGGAGCUGGAGUACGGAGCCUCGGUGGACUGGUGGGCGCUCGGGGUGCUGAUGUAUGAGAUGAUGGCUGGACAGCCUCCGUUUGAAGCCGACAAUGAAGACGACCUGUUCGAGUCCAUUCUCCACGAUGACGUCCUCUACCCCGUGUGGCUCAGCAAAGAGGCCGUUUCUAUCCUUAGAGCUUUCAUGACCAAGAACCCGGCCAAGCGUCUGGGCUGUGUGGUGAGCCAGGGCUGUGAGGAGGCCAUCAAGACCCAUCCUUUCUUCAGAGAAAUAGACUGGGUCCUGCUGGAGCAGAGGAGAGUCAAACCACCCUUUAAACCACGGAUUAAAACCAAGCGAGAUGUGAAUAACUUCGACCAGGACUUCACCAAGGAGGACCCCGUGUUGACUCCCACGGACGAGGCCAUCGUACGACAGAUCAACCAGGAGGAGUUCAAAGACUUCUCCUACUGCGCUCCCGAGGAGACGCAGACCUAACGCUUUACCACGCACACACUCAUAUUCGCAAUCACACACACACACGCACGCACACACACACGCAGACAAACACAGUCAUGAAACAACACAGAAUGUGGCCCUCACCGCACGCACAAAAACCCUCACUCACAUGUACGCUCACAUGCCAACACACACAUACACACCUACCACUACCACAAAUCCCUUUACAAAACCACACACACACACACACACACACACACACUGUCACUCCUUUACUUUGAAGCUAUUGGUUGUUGUUACUUUUGAAAUCUUCUUUACUUGCAUUGUGUUCUUGUUGCCUGGCUUUAUUGUUAAUAUGAAUAUGAAUAUGAAUAUGCACAUACACACACAUGCACACACACACAUGCACAGGCACAGUAGCGCACACACACAAGCGCACUUAUGUAGAUUUACGCUCGCAACACCAACAUACGCUCCCAGACCCACAUGCAGACUCUCUCUCACACACUUUCUCUCUCUCUGACGCACACACACACACACACACACACACACACACACACACACUGCUUCUCUCCCCAGCACCUGUACACAUGUGGACUGUGGGUGUUGGGUGCAGAGGCCUGUAUAUAGCCUGUGUUGAGUGGCUGUAUUGUGUUGAUAUCGUCUGCUAGUAAAGGAGAGCGGUGGCGCAUGGACAAGCACCCGACCUGUGUUAUACUGUUCUUAUCGUGGACCAGCUAGGGCCCCACACACCCUUCGUGCAAUACCCUAUCGAUAUAUUUUACAGUUUUUGUUUGUUCAUUAUUGUUUUUUGUUUUUUUUUUUUUCCUCAAAAUGUGUUUUAUUGGAUUGUGGUAUGAUUGAAUCUGUACUUUUUUUGCCGUUUGUACAGUGUUGUUUCUUAUGUUACACCUCCACGUGUUGCUGUUUUCCAUCGGCCCAUGACUGAAUCUCUCUCUCACACAUGCACACACACACACACACACACACACACAGGCGCACGCAACUAAAGUUACAGGCUAUCGAACUAAUUACCCGGAGCAGAGUGUUACAGGCGGCCUGUGUGACAGGUGUAGCAGCGAAAAGCGUCCUCCUGGUUCCAUCUCUUUCAUCCAUCUGUUACCUUCUGUGUGUGUGUGCGUGCAUGUGUGCGUGUGUGUGUGUGCGUGUGGUGAGUGCGCCGGCCCGUAGGCGUUUUUGUUGUGAAUGUAUGUUGUCGUCAUGUGUGACUGUGUGAAUGCAGGUUUUUUUUUUUUUUGUCCCUGUCGGUCUGUGACUCUUUGUUCUCGUCAUUUCUGUUUCCAUAGUUACCACCAGUGUUUCCCCAACCCCCCCACCCACUCCUCCCAGAAAAAAAAAAAAAAAAAAAAAAAAAAAACCACCAACCCCCCCAGCGGCCAUCUCACUUAGCCAAAAUGACUUGCUUUUCUGACUUUUUUCUUUUUGUUUUGUUUUUCUCAAGAAUGGCUUAUUUUUCUUUCUUUUUUUUUUUUGCUCUCUUUCUCUUUUUUAUCAUUAUGAUAAUAAUUAUUAUUAUUGUUAUUAUUGUAAAGUGUAUCUGGAGGAAAACCUUUUGUGUACAAUGCUAUAACUCUACUAUUAUAGGUCUGUUACAGCCGGGUUACAGGAAAUGUGGAAAACCAGCAGCUGAAUUACCUCUCGUUUCACACAGAGACACACACACACACACACACAUGCACACACACAGACAAACACUGACUUUCUCUUUCUUUCUUGCUCCUCUUGUGGCUCUCUUUCUCACACACACACACACACACACACACACACACACACGCACACACACAGAGAAGGACUGAUGUCUUGUGUACUGUACAGUGAUCUGAAGGCGAGCUGGUGGCUCUGUGUGCAGUAGAGUCGGUGUGUAGUGAAGCUUCGUGUACCCAGGGGUAGGGCUGUUCCUGGUCACACUAUCUUACUCUGUGCCAAAUGUAGUGUAACAGCCGGGCUAGUCCUGUCUGGUCUGAUUCCAAUAAAACACUGAGCUGUCUACAUCA